AAGCAGACGAGUCGCCGCCACCGAAACGCUGCAAGCUUUGUCAAGAGUCGGGCCACUCUGUAGAGGAGGGCCAGGGCCCCGCGUCGUGGCGCAUCCCUCUGGACCAGGACCUGCUGGACACGCUAGCGGCCAUCUACCCGGACUGGUUCAAGGAGAGGCCCGAGCGGCUGCCCGAGCGGCCGGUCGUCAUGGCUGAGGCGCGGCCGAACCCAGCCGGGCCCAACCCCCCAGGGCCCAGCCUGCCCGGGCCCAGCCCCAGCGCCCCCGAGCCCAGCCCCGAGGUCAGCCCGCAGCGAAGCCCCAAGGCCGAGGUGGACGUGACGCCGCUGCACAAGGCCAUGGACCGCAACAAGGAGUCUUUGAAAGUAAAACUCAUGCUGAGAAGGCCUUACACGCAACUGGUGGCUCAAGGAAUAAUGCCUCCCCUCAAAACGCCACCCGCCUUCCACGAGCAGCGCAAGCAGCUGGAGCGCGCCAAGACCGGCGACUUGCUCAAGGCGAAGAUCCAGCAGCGGCCCGAUCGGCAGGAGCUCGUCAGACAACAUAUCUUGGAAGCCGACAUGGACCACGUGGACCCGUCCCUGGCGGAGCGGCAGCGGAUGCUCAAGAAGUGCAGGCUGGCGGAUUCGCUCAACGACCAGUUGGCCCACCGGCCGGGGCCGCUGGAACUCAUUCAGAAGAACAUUCUGCACGCCGACGAGACGAUCGAGCGGGCAGUCAAAGACGGCGUCAUCCCCUUCAAGGCGACAUGCGAGGGCCACAAGACCAAGCCGGCGCACCCGCACCGCUACAUCACGAUGGACGAGGACUCGCAGAGCUCCGGGGAAGGCAGCGUCCUGUCCCCGCCAGGGUCCGCCCCCACGCCCGCCCCGGCACCCGCGUCCACGCCGACGCCCCUCAUGCCGCUGUCGGGCGCGGACGUGCUGGAGACGGCCGCCGCCAACGCGGGCAUCGUGACGCUGGCCCUCCCCAUGUCGCUGGCCUCCUCCCUGGCCUCCUCGACGUCCAGCCUGAGUCCGCUGAGCUCGCUGAGCUCCGUGUCUUCGCCCCCGAGCUGCUCCGUGCCGAGUCCCAUCACCCCGCGGCCGCCUCAGUUGGCCUCGCCCGCCCCAGUCCCCACCCCGAGCCUCGGGCCCCUCGGCUCCCAUACCCACAGCCUACCGCUGCCCUUGCAGCAAGAGGCCAUGCGGUCCGGAGCCCCCGGCAAGGACAAGAACAGGAAGAAGUCCAAGAGCAAGACGCAGACCAAAACGAGGCCUAUGAAGUUUCAUGAGUAUAAGGGCCCGCCCAACGCUCAUAAAACAAGUGUUUUGAGCUCGUCGCCAGUUGAAACCUCAUACGAACUGUUAUUACAGCAGCAACAGCUCUUGUUGCAGUGCCAGCUGGAUUGGCUGCACAAGUACCCUCAAAUUAUCUUGCCAGCUACUCAGAAAUCAUCGUCUAGCACAGAAGUCUCAAGCAGUUCUUCAAACAAUUCCUUAGGGUCCAGUGUUUCUGUUAGUCAGACACAAACACCUGUCACAUCUGUGGCAGGUGUUUCUAGCAACGGUACUCAACUAGGUCUUAUAACUGUAACAUCUAGUAUCCCAAGCUCUGCAACGGGUGUUGCAGUCAAUUCUCUUGGAAGUACUGCUGGUACUAUACUUGGUGUGGGCAGUGGCAGUGGCACAUUAGUCUUAACAACACAGCGUAGUGCAAGCCCUCAGAGUGCCAGAGCUACUGUUCUACCUGCUCCUGCACCCCAAACAAUCACUGUAACUUUACCUCCACAACAACAGCAGCAAGCACAAGUUGCAUUGCAGUCUUCGUUGCAAGUGUCCCAACCUUCUCUCGAGCCUCUCCAAACUGCCCCUCCGUCUAUCUCCCCUGGUGUCUCUGCCUCUGUCCCCACUCUCUCCGCUCAACCUACUCUGCAGACAGUACCUCAAUUACCGACCUCAAUCAAGAUUCUUAGCAAGUUAGAGGAUAUGAAAGUUUGUGAUUUAAAAAUGGAACUGAAAAAGCGGAAUUUGCCUGUGUCUGGAUCAAAGCCUCAACUCAUUGAAAGGAUUCGUAAUGCGGAUGCGGCGGCAGCAGCUGCUGCUGCUGCUGACUGUAACAGCCCUGCUUCACAUACUUCAUCUACUGAAAGCAGUCUAGCUGCCCAGCCAAUGGAUAUUCAAAUGGAUGUCACAAUGGAUACCCCCCACUCCUCAACUGAGGAUUCAUUGUCUGGUUUUUCAGCUGAUACAGCAUCACAGCCCUCUCCUCCACAACCAUCAUUCGCAGCUCCAUCGGCUACAACAACCUCAGACUCAACACCCAGCUCCAUCAAUAAUCAACAAAUGUCCCCAGUUUCUCCUCCUGCCACACCUUCACCAAGCAGCUCUGUUCAUGAAAUGGACACAACCCCCAUUUCUCCAGCUCCAAGCCCAGUCUUUCGUGAGGAUUUGAUAAGGGAACAGCAGAGGCAAAUAAAAGAACUUCAGAAGCAGGUUAAGUUACUUCAAUCACAACAACAACAAGAGAUUCUCCGAGCCAAGGAAAUUAACAGUCGGAAACUAGCCAAUAAGACAUCUGAUGCUGCUACCAUCAUACCAGCCAGUGGAACAAAUGGAAUAUCAACAAGCCUGUCGGAUCCUAGCAAGGCAGCUGUCAAACAGCAUUUGCAAAAUAAAAUACAAUUGCAGCAGCAACAGCAGCUGCAAGUUCUACAGCUUCAGCAACUUCAACAGCAGCAGUUGCAGCAGCAACAGCAACUGGCUUUACAGCAACAGCAGGGACUGAAUGCUAAGGCAAGCUUGGCUGCAUUUUUACAGCAGCAGCAAUCUUCUUUGCCCUCAAACAAUAGCAACAACAAUACCAAUAAUAACAAUAAUAAUACCAUCAUUAACAACAAUAACAGUCUAAAUAAUCUGAACAACAAUCUCAUAAAUAAGAAAUUUUCAAAAACUUUAGUUGUGCAACCACAAUUGCAACAAGUUGAACAUGUACAGCAGUCUCUUCCACCGCCACCGCAUCAACUGCAACAACAACAGGCAGCUGCUGCUGCUGCACUAGUCCUCAACCAUAUCAACGCUCAAAAUAAAAAAGGCUUACCAAGUUUAUCUGCACUAUCUGGAAUUACUGGAGCCAACUCUAAUCACCAGAGGACAAAUUCUCUUCCCAACUUCUUGGCAUCAAUGGUCCAGUUGGCACCUUCAAUAGAGCCAAAGCCACUUCCAAUGUGUCAACAACGUGCCAGCUCUGUUACCCCAAUGACAAGCAACAAGGGUGUUGAAGUGAAGCCUGCUGUACUACCCACUCACCGCCUGGUUUUAACUAGGACGACAGCAGAACCACAUAUUUUGACACUGACAACAGCACCUGCUGCUGCCAGCUCUGCUGCCAGUGGCACUGCCACUAUCAUGGCUACUACAAAUGGUGUUGUUCCAGUAUCUUUAGCAGAUGGAAUGAUACUCAACUUGCCUUCAAAUAAUAGUAGCAAGUUGCCCCAAUAUGAAGAUGUGGCCUCACUCUUAACAAGUAUUAAACAGGAACCUGUGAAUGAAAAGAGCUGCUCUGAACGUUAUAGUGUGCAGAGCCAAUCAGUUGACGAUGUCCUUGCAAUAUUAAUUGAAAGAGGUGAGCUGCCUCCCAGUGCCGCUCAAGACCCCACAACGCCAACCACCCCAGGGACCAACUCAGUGUCAGGACAGCCGGGGCACCACUCCAGCAACCCUAAUCUGUGUGGGGUGUUUAAUAGCACGCAAGACAAUGCUGAUAUUUUCAUGAAUGUGUUCAGCCCAGCGACUGUUGGCCCAGGGGCUGCUGAAUGCCCGGAACAUUCCAUUGCCUCAGUGCAGAGUACGCCCCCGGCCUCAUCCACACCGCCACCGCCUCCACCACCACCUCUGCCUCACACCUCCUUUGCUAAAAUGUUGCCCACAGAAUUGCCCCUUACUAGCACAGGGAGUAAUGUCUCUAAAGAGCCCUCUUUCAGCCUCUGGGGCGGGAACAAUUCACUCGAUGACAUUUUUGGAAGCAGUGGUCCUCCAGCAACCAGUGUUGACCUGAAAGCAUUGGGCCUUGAUAUUGAGAUCUCAGAUCCCAUGGAUUUUGGUCAGCUUGACACUUCCAGUCAUCCCUCUGGCCAGGAGGUGAGGCUUGAGUCACAUGACAUGAAUAUGGAAGCUGAGUCUGAUAAUUUGUCCAAUCAACCUGACAGAAGAUCAUUCCUCAAUCAGCAGGAAAGACAGCAAAGCCAGCAAAGCCAGCACCAGCAGCUUGCUGACCAACUUCUUGCAACUCCAUGUGAAUUCAUGGAUUUUGACAUGGACAUGGACAUGGACCCUGCUUGGUUUGAUUCGCUGACAGCUUCUAGUGAUCAGCUUGCUGAACCAUCAGAUCAGAACUCAUCUCUUAACCAAUCCUCUAUUCUUCCAUCAUCUAGUAGUUCUUACAUUCAUAUGAAUGGGCACACUCACAUUGAUUCGUAUGAUCCUCUUUUGCCGAACAAUCAGGAUCCACUUGACCUCUUUAGUCUGGACGCCAUGGAUUCUGAUUUCAUAACUCCGGAAGUGGGCUGGGACAAGGCUGAUUUUGCUACAUAGCCCAAUCUAUGCUGUAGCAGUUUUUUGAUCUCUGAAUCAUAUACGAAUGUGGAAAGUGGAAACAACUUCUAUUUCAUCCUAAUGUUGUGACUUCAUACUUUAUGUUGCAUGAGUAUUUUGCUACAUCCUAUUUUAAUGUGCUGAAUGGUAUGCCAAAAAAAUUACUUUGCUCUUUACUCUUUUAAAGUGUCAAGGAAGGAAGAGCUGCAUUUUCAUUGGCAAGUGCGCAUUGGAUUGUAGGAAUAUGCUACUACAUUGUUAUUAAGUUCUUUAUUUUUAUAGUAAUUAGUCUCAGCAUCCGUACUUACAAAACAGUUGUGAGCAAAUGAUCAUGGUAUGAUUGUUAGGAAUGACUGAGAGUGGUGCAUGAUUGGAAUGUCUUGCGCAUUACGCUUGACGUGUGAUAAAUUGUGAUGUAUGCUCUUUUUCUUCUUCUUCUUCUUCUUCUUCGUCUUCUCUCUCUCUCAUGUUGUUUUGUGUUAUGUUUAGGGCUGUGCAAAAGGAACCUUUGGCUAAAUUAAAUAAAAUAUUGUGGACUUUGCUACUGGUUGUUAAAAAUAGUUUAUUCACCACAUAUAUUUGAUUUACAAUGUUUUCUUUGUAAUGUGUUGUUUGAUUUUUUGUUGUUGUUGUUGUUGUUUCUAUUUUUGUCUGUUACAGAGUCUUUUGAUUUAAGAACUUAAUCUUUCACCUAAGGUGAACUACAAUGCUUUUGUGAUGUUUCACUAAGCUGUAUGAAGCCGCAGGAGAUUCUUUCCAUUGUCCUCAGUUUGCAUAGCUCUAAAAUGGUCCUGUCUAUCUUAUGCUUAAUUAUUGUAGUCCCCUCUUUUGCCUACUGCAAAUAACGUUUUCAUGCUGACUUUUUGCCCUUUGUAGAAACUUGCAAGUGAGAAAGACCGAUCUAAAUUAAACAUCCUUUUAUUUAUUUAUUUAUUUCCAAGCACAAUGCUAGAAAAUAUUGAAAUAUUUUUGUAUAGGUUUAUGUAGGAUUUAUAUUGCUAAAAGAAAAGAUUGUCUCAAGCUUUUUAGUCUUUACAGUUAAAUGUAACUCUUAAAGGAUUUUAAUCCUUGACAAUUUAAAUAGUAUUCUCAUAAUGUUAAAUUCCUUACAUCAAUUCUCAAGAGAGCUGUUCUGCUACUUAAAUUGAUAGAGCACGUAAGAUAUAUUGAGGAUAGUGUUUUGUUUUUGGUGUAGAUAUAUAUUUUGACUGAUCUACGUUUUCUAUCUUCAUCCCACUAAUUUUAGAUCAUGUUAUCAUUGCAUGAAAACAUCAUGUUGUUUGACCAAAUUCUUUAUGGGAACUACAUUUCCUUAGGAAGGCAAGAGUGCAUGAUUAGAAAGUUGAGCUUUUUGAAGUCCUGCGCCUUCUGGUUCUUUGUACUUUGUUCCCAUUCCUUUACUGUGGAGCAACCUCCUCACAUGUUAAAACAAAUUUAAAAGAGAACUGUUAUGUUCUGAGCUUAAAACCUGCUGAGUUCCAUUUGUAAAAUUGCUUGCAGUGCUGCUUCUUGCCAUUGCUCACUUCUUUGCCGAUUUUUGCUAAUUUCCUGUAUUGCUUGAGAGGCAAUGCUUCAGCUCAUUUAAAGAUGCCAACAAGAGUGAUUGUAAGCCUUUACUUUCAGGCCUGCUGAUGUAGAAAAGGUAUUUUCCAAAAUUUGUAGUAUUGUGACUUCUUUUUCUCUGGCUCUGACAGAAACUUAACGAAAGACUGGUAUAUGCCAUAAGAAUAGGGCAGUGUCAUAUUUUUAAUAUUCCUGGCACAUUUUUCUUCAGUAAUUCAAUUGACUUUAGUGUAAUUUAGCUAACUAAAUGCUUCUGCUUUGUUGAGACUAUUUUCUCUAGCUUAUAUUGUUAUUUGGUAUGUUCUGUAUAGAUGUGUUUCUAUUUCAUAUGUGAUGAUAAGAUUCUUGCUGACAGAGAGAAGUACAUACCUUUUACUACUGAACAUAGUAGUAAAGUUUCGACAGUGGUGAUGUUUAUGGGGCUCUCCCUGUAUUCUUUAAAAUUCAAAUCAGGUGAAGAGGCAUAUGCCUCCAUUCAAAAUUCAGCUGGUCAGCAAUGGACUUAUAUUUAAAAAUGAUGUGCCAAGUUGUAAAUGCUCACCUUAAAUUGAUCAAUCAUGAUAAUUGCUCUUUCAAUCUGAUUUGCGACUUCAAUGUUAUACAUCAAUAUUGUUUAAGGUGAAGCAUUUUCGAUCAUUUUUUAAGUGUUGGUACUUACACACCUAGCAGCUAAAAACUUCCUUUGACUAUCACCGAUAGCGUAUUGUUUUAUUGUUGUUUGUGAAAAGCAAGCCAACUAUGAGAUGAAGAUUUAUAUAGCAUUUUUAUAAAAUGCGUGACUUGAUAUUUUAAGGAAUAAACUUAAAUUAGUGCCACAUUCAUGGUAUGAAGAUUUUUGUUUUCAAAAAAACUCUUUCAUCAAAGAUCAUAUUUGAUCAAUGUUGCGUUUUUACAAGAAAAAGAUUUUAGCCUUUCUCCAAUUGAAUGGUUUCAGCACUAGUUGCUUAAAUUUUGACAUUCCAUGGUACGGAAAACCCACAUUGUUUCUGAAAUUGCUGCUUGUUAUGUUGAUCUGUCAGUCUUCUAUCAACUGUUCACUAAUGGUUUUUAUCACCAUCAGUUCACAUGUGGUCAAUUGCGAAAGCAGGAUUCAAACCUACUGCAUUGACUCAAUAUUUUCCUGCAUUUUGAAGAAAGUAAAUUUUUAUGUUUUAUAAUGUGUACUAUACAUUCCAUUUAUGUCCUAAUGUCAUCUGGGUGUCUUUCAUUCUUGCAUAAUAUUAUAACAGCACUUUCACAAACCCGAAGCUGACAGAUUGCACAACAGUCAGACAAGCAGAAAAAGUGUGAAAAAAAUCACCUUGCAGCUAAACUUGUUAACAUCAAACAGUCAUUUUGUUACAAAUUACAAUCAUCAAAAGAUGAAAUGGCGAGGUGAUCUGUAUUCCACUAUAAAAUGCAUUAUGAUUAAUUAGACCACAAUGGCUUGGGACCACUUUUUAUCAAACGCACAUUGCAAAUGGUCAAUUGAACUGAAGUGGCUUCAAUGGAAAGGGUAUGUAAAUAUCUAAUAAUAAUAAAUUCACUGUAAAUAUUGUAUAUAUCUUUGAUGUUGGCUGAGGAUGUUCUGUUUCCCCCUCUGAAAGUAUUCAUUACAUCUCAUUUGCCGAGUGUGAAUAAUUUAGACUACCAGAAGUCAUGUUACUGUUACAUUCUUUACCCUGUAAUGCCAUGCUUGUCCUGCCCUCAGAUAGCACUUUCCUGUUUUGAGUCUAGUGCAAAUAUGGUGUGAUGUAAAAUAUUUGUAAAAUGAAAAGCCCUGUAAAUAUAUAUUUGUUCGCAAUGAA